AUACACCACGAGUGUCGGAAUUUUGACCACUUUGGUACUUUUUACCUUGUCGAGCUGAUCUGAAAGGUGUUCAGGUGGAAAACAUAGGAAAGAUCUACAGAAAGCUGCUGUGACCCAGUUAAAUGAUCUGAAGCGGAGGAACCCGCCGCCAUUGAACACAUCACCCCAGCUCCUGAAGGUCACGUGGCGUUGUGUUGACAGUGAGACGGGAAGGAAAGAUGGCGGCGCGGUGGAGCAGCGAGACUGUGGUGGUGGAGUUUCGGGACGCUCAGGCCACCGCCAUGUCCGUGGACUGCCUGGGCUCCCACGCCGUGCUGUCAGGCCGGCGCUCCCUCUACCUGGUGAACCUGGACGCUCCGUCUGAGCCGUCCCGUAAGAUGGGUCGCCACAGUAAGUGGGACGUGGGGACGGUCCAGUGGAACCCGCACCGGUCCCAGGCUCACAUCUUCGCCGCCUCGAGCAACCAGCGAGUGGACCUGUACUCCUGGAGGGACGGCUGUGGAGAGACUCACACGUCCCUGCAGGGACACACCCGGGUCAUCAGCGACCUGGACUGGUCCUGGUUCGACCCGGAGCUGCUGGUGUCCAGCUCAGUGGACACCUACAUGUACAUCUGGGACACCAGGGACACUCGGAAACCCACGGUGGCGCUGUCUGCCGUCGCCGGAGCCGCUCAGGUGAAGUGGAACCGGAGGAACCCACACCUGCUGGCGUCCAGCCAUGACGGGGAUGUCCGCAUCUGGGACAAGAGGAAACCCAACACGGCGGUGGAGUACCUGGCCGCUCACCUGUCCAAGAUCCACGGCCUGGACUGGCACCGAGACAACGAGUUUGUCUUCGCCACGUCCAGCCAGGACAACUCCGUCAGGUUCUGGGACUACCGGCAGCCCAGGAAGUACCUGAGCGUCCUGUCCUGCCAGGUGCCGGUGUGGAAGGCCCGCUACACGCCGUUCUCCAGCGGUCUCGUCACCGUCAUGGUCCCUCAGCUGCGGCGGGAGAACAGUCUCCUGCUGUGGAGCGUUCUGGACCUCAACAGUCCCGUCCACGCCUUUGUUGGACACGAUGACGUCGUCCUGGAGUUCCAGUGGCGUCCCCAGAAGGAAGGGUCCAGAGACUUCCAGCUGGUGACCUGGUCCCGGGAUCAGACGCUGCGGAUCUGGAGGGUGGAGCCUCAGCUGCAGAAGCUGUGCGUCAGCGACCUGGUGGACGAGCUGAUGGAGGACGUGUCCAUCGCCGUGGAGACGGAGAAGUCCCUGGGCACACAGCAGGGCGGGGCUCCGGCUUCGGACGACCCGCAGGGUCAGGCGGCGAGCCGUCCGGACCCGACUGCCGGUUCUGGUCUGACCCAGACUCUGCAGCAGGAGUUCUCCUUGGUCAACCUGCAGAUCCGGAACGUCAACGUAGAGAUGGACGCCCGGAACCGGAGCUGCGUGGUGUCGGCCCACUUCGGCGGCCAGCGGGUCCACCUGGUGGUCAACUUUCCGGUCCAGUACCCCAACAACGCCGCGCCCUCCUUCCAGUUCGUCGCCCCGACGACCAUCCCGUCCGCCAUGAAGACCAAGAUCCAGAAGGUCCUGAUGGACACGUCUCUGCAGAAGGUGAAGCGGAACCAGAACUGCCUGGAGCCGUGCGUCCGGCAGCUCGUCUCCUGCCUGGAGUCAGACAUGACCCAGGAGGACGGUCCGGCGUCCGGCCCGUUUGUCCUGUCCAAUCCCGUGGCUCCGUCCCUGCAGGCGUUCCCCCGGGUCACCAACACCGGUAGAGCUGGUAACCAUGGUAACCAAGCAGAGGAAGUGAAAGACCUUCUUCCUGAUUGGCUUCUCUUUCUUCCCUUUGUGUUGUUUUCCUCUGUUGUUUUCUUCUCGACCAAUCGCUGUGGCCCCGCCUCCUCCCCGCUCUCCUCCAAUCAGAAGCUUCCCAUGUCCACCUCCCGCCGCUGGUCUGUCCAAACCCUCCAUGAUUGGCCGAAAUCGCGGCGCUUCAAGACGAAGCGGGAAGGAGCGGAGUACAGCAGCCGACCCAUCAAGCUGGCCGGGAAGGUCAUCAUCCAGGAGAUCUCCUGCCUGCUGCCUGUGCACAAGGCUCUGGGAGAGAGCUACAUUCUGAAUAUGAACGACAUUCAGGAAACGUGUCAGAAGAACGCAGCAGCAGCACUCGCAGUGGGACGCAGAGACCUGGCCAAGGUGAGCAUACCUCCAUCUCCUCGCAGGUUCUCAGAAGCAGUCACACCACCUGAACCUCUCCAGUCUCCAUCCAUAGUGGUCUACUGGUGGUCCUGUAGUGGUCUACUGGUGCUCCCCCUGCUGGCCGCUCCAACCCUUUUUGUCUGUGUUUCAGUCAGAGACCCCGAGCAUAGCGCCCCCUGGGGGGAGUCUUCUCCUGACGACUAUCGCUAUGGCAACCAGAGCUACAUGGACCCUCGGGAGCGAGAGCGGGAGCUGCACGACAUGAACAAGAGGCUGCUGGACCCGGCCAACACGCUGCAGUUCGACGACUUCAAGAAGAGCUACGGUGAAAUCCUGUACCGCUGGGGUCUGGGCGACAAGCGGGCCGACGUCCUCAAGUUCACGGCCGGCCCGCCAGAACCGCACAAAGGCAUCGAGUUCGGGCUGUACUGCUGCCACUGCCGCAGCCAGGCGCGCGGGACGCAGUGCGCCGUGUGCAAGCGGCUGACCUUCCAGUGCGCCGUGUGCCACGUCGCCGUGCGCGGCUCCUCCAACUUCUGCCUGAGCUGCGGCCACGGCGGCCAUACUGGACACAUGAUGGACUGGUUCCGGCGCCAGGACGAAUGCCCGGCCGGCUGCGGCUGCCGCUGCCUGCUGCAGAGCACCUUCUGACGCCGCCGCUGCUCAAUAAAACCCAUGAAUAUCUCA